CUCAAACCAAGAAAGAUGCUAUGUCUGUGAUUUUCAUGGCAACGUCUUCUGAUCGAUGAGCGCCUCCCCGCUCAGGGCGGCGCCGGAAGUUCAUUGCCAGAUUUGUAAUGCACAAUACUGUUGAUGCCGACCUUUUGAAGAAAGAUUUGGAAGCGAAACUCCAACGAUUGGUUCAGGAGGAGCGACAAGCCCAAAACCGAUUGCGGGAUGACCAUCCAGCGACGUUGUAUCCGAAUUUUCCACUUCAACCCGGAGAGGUGUUGCCCUCUGACAUGGUGGUUUCAUCUCGUGACAAGCCUGCAGGUGACGGAAAUGUUAGCGACCCACUCUUUGAAGUGGCAGACGAGCAAAUGCCAUUGCCUUCAUUGGGCACCCGUGGUCAUCCAAAGAAAUGCAGGCCGGUGUGUAGAUUCUAUAGGCGGAGAAGCGGUUGCAGAGACGGUGCUGCUUGCAAAUACUGUCAUGCCUGCAUCUUCCAGGAGCCGGAACCAAACUACAUUGGUGUUGCUGUGCACAAGUCGCCCUUCUCAGUAGCAGCCUGCGUGCAAGUACAAUUCAAAGUCCAAGGGAUGCAAAGAUGGAGCUCUUUGUGACCACUGCCAUUUGUGCAGAUGGAAACGUCAUGGACCCUCCGGUAGUGGAACUGGUCAAAGCUCGGUGAUACCCCACUCUACUUAUCUGUGAUGUCACAGAUAUCUGAUGAAGCAUGCAUGAAGCCAUCGGAGCGAUUGAAGCUUUGAAUUCACCAUGUAUCGAUUUGAAUUGUGAGGUCAAAGCAGGGUCUCAUCACUAGUGUGGAGACAGUUUGCUCUUUAUCUCCGCACUAGGAAGGCACAAGCCUGUUUUUU